CCCCGAAAGCGGAGGAGGAGAUCGCCGCCUGGCUCAGCCCGGCUCGGGGGCCGUGGCGCGCAGGUGCUGGCUCCGGGCGGCGAGGGCUAGGGCGGCCGGCUGGCCAUGACCGGCGGGCCCUAUGCGGAGUGCGGGGCGCUGGGCAGGACCGCGGGCGCGGCGGCGGGGUUCCCAGGGGGCCAAGUCUUUCCCGACGGAGCCGGCGGGGGGCACCUGCCCCGUCGGGAGCCGCAGCAGACGGGCGGCAGCAGCCGCUGGCACCGGCAUGUCUGCGGGACGGCUCCUGCCUGCGCGCCCGGGAGGCUCCCUGCCAGGAUCGUCCCGGCUGCAGGAGCCCUGACGGAGGAGGCGAAGCUCGGCCGGGUUUGAAAGUUUGCCAGACACCCGCUAGUUUUAAUUGCUGUAAAGAUCCGCGGGGCUGUUUCCAAGCAUGGGAGACAGGCGGCCGGAGACUCACGCCAGCUCUUCCCCUGCCGUGGCUGCCAGCUCCGAAGCAGAAGAAAUAGAGGUUUUGGAGUCGGAGGAUGUCUUGCCUAUGGCCACAGAGGAUCACUGGAAAGCUCUGUUUGAUCAGUUUGACCCCGAGAACACUGGCUACAUCAGCCCUGAGAAAUUCCAAAGCCUCCUCCAGAGACACGGCUCGGAGCUGGACCCACACAAACUGGAGGUUCUCUUGGCCUUGGCAGACAAUAAUUCAGAUGGGAAGAUCUGUUACCAGGACUUUGUCAACCUGAUGAGCAACAAAAGGUCCAAUAGCUUCCGCCAAGCUAUUCUGCAGGGGAACAGGAGGCUGUGCAGCAAGGCACUGCUGGAGGAGUCGGGACUAAGCCUGUCCCAGAGGCUAAUUCGACAUGUUGCAUAUGAGACCCUGCCACGCGAGAUAGACCGGAAGUGGUACUACGACAGUUACACCUGCUGUCCUCCGCCCUGGUUCAUGAUUGCCAUCACCAUUGUAGAGGUUGCCUUUUUUCUUUACAACGGAGUAGUAUUAGACAGAUUUGUGCUGCAAGUCACCCAUCCUUUAUACCUGAAGAACUCAUUAGUGUAUCAUCCUCAGCUCCGUGCUCAGGCUUGGAGGUACCUAACCUACAUAUUCAUGCAUGCCGGGAUAGAACACCUUGGACUCAAUGUUGCUCUUCAGCUUCUGGUUGGGGUUCCCCUUGAAAUGGUGCAUGGGGCUGCAAGGAUUGGCUUUGUCUACAUUGCUGGAGUUGUAGCAGGUUCCCUGGUGGUAUCAGUAGCUGACAUGACUGCGCCAGUGGUGGGUUCCUCUGGAGGGGUUUAUGCACUCAUUUCUGCUCAUCUGGCCAACAUAGUAAUGAACUGGUCUGGAAUGAAGUGCCAAUUCAAACUGCUGCGCAUGGCUCUUGCCUUGAUCUGUAUGAGCUUUGAAUUUGGAAGGGCUGUGUGGCUGCGAUUCCAUCCAUCUGCUUACCCCCCAUGUCCACACCCAAGUUUCGUUGCCCACCUGGGCGGGGUAUUGGUUGGCAUCACAUUGGGCGUGGUCAUCCUAAGGAACUAUGAGCAGAGACUCCAAGACCAGUCCUUAUGGUGGAUCUUUAUUUUUAUUUAUGUCGUCUUUGUAUUGUUCGCCAUCUUUUGGAAUGUUUUUGCCUACAGUCUGUUGGAUCUGAAGCUACCUCCACCUCCUUGAGAGCCUGGGACAGAGAACUCUGGAGGCAAAAAACUUUUCCAUCUGCCAGCUAUGUUAAAUUAAUCGAAACCAAGGAUUUAUUUUUAUAUGAUGAUUAGGGGAUAAGUAAAUGGUCUUCUAAAAAUGCACAAGUUAAGGAAAUGUGUGACAUCGUUUCUAACUGUACUGUAUGCUGAAGAAGAUUAUUUAAGCUAAAACCUAACAAUAGAACUGGCCUGAGAAAAGUUUGGACAUGAGUCAUACAGGCACUGUUAACACUCAGUAGGGACCCAAUCCUGCAGCCUCUCCAUUGUGGUAUUCCCCUGAGGAAGGGCUGCAGGAUUAACCCUAUGUUUGUAACUGGGUAUUUACCACUCGGUUUAUUAGCGCACACAUUGAUGUUUAGUUUGGGUCAUUUAAAUUUUUCCAGGUUAUGCUGGAUCUCUGACCAGUUGGUUUAUGAAACUCCUGUGUUUAACUGAAUAGUAAAACAAAAACAAGCUUCACUUUUACUAACUACAGCAUAGGUGCUGGAACUAGGGGUGCUGCCACACCCGCUGGCUUGAAGUAGUAAUGACAACCCAAAUACAUGGUUUCUGCCUUUAGCACCUCCUCUAUAAAAAUAUUUCCAGCACCACUGAACUUGAUUCAAGGGACACUGACAAGGCAACUUGAAUUUGGUUUUAAUGGUUGAGUUUGACUGGUCAGCCAUGCCACUGCCAUUGUCUUAAUACUUGAAUGGUUACUUAAAUAUUUAGUCUAUAGUUUAGACUGUCUUAAGCAACUUCCAAAGGGGCCAGCAAAAACUUAGUCACCUAUCAUAGUAGAGGUUGAUCUUCAACUAAAUGUCAAACAAAAUUGCACUAGAAACCUUGGGGAUACUAUAAAGUGGUUGUUUCGGACGGGACACUGUAUCAGAGGUGGCUCUUACCAUCAGUACAUGUUUCACUUGAUUUUUACAACCCGUUGCGGUAAAUAAUUGGGUGGAGGCAGUUUAGGAUUUUGCUAAUGUUCAGUUGUGUUUUAUAUUGGUUGACAAUCAAGUUGUUUUCUUCUGCCCUUUCUUUCUGGCUAUGUAUGGUCUAAUGCCCUGUCUGCAAAGAGUUUGGAAAGCAUGUCAGAACUUCUCCAGCAGGGUUUGCUUAAACUCAGUUCUUGCUAGAAGAGCGUGGACAUGAUUUCCCUCGCCAAUGUAGACGGGAAAUACGCAGGUUAUAAAACCAUGCUACAAACCAUUCAAUAUGCUAGGGGCUAAGUUUAUCCACCAAAGUCAGCAGAGUUACACCAGGGAUUUAUUUGCCACUAGUUUCCUACCCAAGUAUGUCAUCCCUGGCUUGGCUGGUAUGACCAAUGCUUGUAAAAUACUGGGAAUAACUGUUGUGCGUGGACACAAAGUCUUGCCUAGGCAAUGGACCUUUAGGGGUUCCAAGCAACAAUUAGUUGUGACGCCUUUUUGCCUAGUGUAGCUAGGGCAUAGGUUUUAUAGAUUCCCUAACUGGUUUAUAGUACAGUUUGUAAAGCAAAAAGGCCUAAUAGCAUGACUCACCAUGCCUAUAUAGACCAGGGAAACCAUUUAAAAUCCUUUGUAGCAUGGGCUUUAAGCACAAAUCUCUAGUAAGGUGCUUAUGUUGUUUCGCAUUUCACUGUUGAUAGCUAACUGCAUAGCAGAAAAAAAAAGUCCAGGAAGGUGGAGGAUUUACCCUCUUAUAGGUUUCCCUUAAUUUCUCUUCCCCUUCUAUAUUGCCAUAGAUUUUAAGGCCAGAAAAGACCAUCAGAUCAUCCAGUGUAACCUCCUUUGUAACACAGGCCAUAGAAUUUCCUCAUGACUAAAGCAUAUCUUCUGUCUUAAAUGGAUGCCCUUGAUAAUACAAAAAAGGUGUGUGUGCAGGGUGUGAAAUUCACCCCUGUGCAGAGAGCCAGCAGGAGGCCUAUGCAUCAGUUAAAUCUCACCUAAGACACAUACUGGAGGCUUAGGUGAGACUGAUCAGGGCAUAGAUCUUGUUGAUCCUGUGUAUAGGGGUGAAUUUCACCCAUCCCAGAAGAUGGGGGUAGGAGACAUGGCUUCUAAAUCACAAGCUGAGAGGGUCAAAAAUGCUCAAGUUUUGGGUGAGAAUUUUUUUCAUUUUUUUCCAUUAAAAAAAUUUUUUUUUGAUGGAUAGUUUUUGACCAGCUCUGUUUCCAAGGCUUGUAAUUCCCCCUAGCUGGGGAAAACAGAAUCCUGACAUUGUCUCCUGAGAUCUGGGCACCAGAUCCGAAAACAGGUGGCUUCCUAAUCUCUGCCAAAGACAAGCUCACAUAAUUAGAUGAUUUGGGCACAGUUUGGAAUCAGUCUCGCUGUCACUAUAGCAGCAAAUUUUGUUUGUCUUUCAGUAACACCUUUCCUUGUUCCUGAGCUUUAUUCUCUUGCCCGCCUAGAUGAUGCCAGUGCUGAUGCUGAAGGCUGUGACCUCCUCCCAAGUGUUAACUCAGUGAUGUUCUUCAUCUGUCAUUUUAAUCCCUGCUGCUUUGGAUAAAAAACUCUCCAUGGUGAAAGCCUGACUCCGCUAAACUCAAUGGCAAAGCUCCCAUCGACUUUUUUAGGGUAUUAAAUGAGCCUUAUCUGCAAAGGAAACUUUUAUUUCCCCUUCUUCAUGUGCAAUGUAUGAAAGUUUUGAAGGCAAUUGCAACAGCAACAAAAUUGUUCCCUUUAGUCUGAAGCAUGGUUCAUAGGACCCCACUUCAAGGAAGCCUUGUACUAGGAAACCAUAAGGCCUAUCGUUUGAGAGCACUUGUGGGUUUCUUUGGUAUGGGUCCAAUUCCAAGUUCCAUUUUAUCCCUGCAGUUUGGAGCCAGCUCUAAACAAUCGCAUGUGCAAGAGUUUGGAUCCCUUGUUCCAGGUCAGGGAUCAUUCUGGGUGUUACAUAGUGAUAGAUGCAGUGUAGUUGUAGCUGUGUCAGUCACAGGAUAUUCGAGAGACAAGGUGGGUGAGGUAAAUAAAAGAUACUGCCUCACUCAUCUUGUGUCAUAAUGAUAGAGACAGCAUUCUUGAGUGGGUGGGAGAGCAGGGAGAGAGGAAUAACUAGAGAUUAGAUAUUAGUUGCUAAAAACAUUGUUCAGAUUGAAGGAGGAGGACAUCUCUGCUUCAAUCCCCUUCUCUGGAUAUUGCUAAAUCAGACCUUUUACAGGUACCUUUAAACUAGAGCUGGUCAGAAAAAAGAGGAGUUUUCCACAUGGAAAAUUGUGAUAAAAAUGAAAAAGAAAAUUGCAGAAAAAAUGACUUUUCAUCAACAAAACAAACAACAAUUUUUAGCCAAAACUUCCAAAACCCAGAAUUUUUUUGUCUAAAAACUGAAAAAUAUUUCUGGUUUCCAACCAAAAAAAACCAAAAACAAACCCAAACAUUUUUUUAACUUUUAAUUUUGAGGAAAUUAGACACUUCCUCACGAGGAGAAAAAAAAAAAAAAGCUUUGUCAAAAACUCAAUUUUCCAUCAAAAAUUAUAUGGAACAUUUUCAAUCUGCCCUUCUUUAAACUUCAUGAAGAUUUCUUCUGAACAUUUUUAUUUUUGGAAUACACCGCAUGGGAAGGAAUUUACAUGCAAAUUCCCAAGGAACCCUCCUUCAAGGGCACUCUCUC